AAAGAUAACAAUUAUGAUAGGACACAGAACAAUCACAGACCGGAAAUACCAACGUAACUGACUGAGGCAAUGGGUAUUCACAUGAUCUCGGGGCAUUAUCCCAGAAAGUCUUUGUUACCUGCAAACGGAGACGGGUCCCAUUCCCUGGAGAAAGGAGGCAUAGAGCACCUUCACCAAAGCAUCAAACCUCACAUUCUCAAUGGCAGGACAAAUUGAAAUUACGUACCACAUAUUCAACGGCAAAUACACACUCAAAUCUGUUCUGAGGAGAGAAAAUAAAAACUUGAGUCCAAUAAUGGGGCAAGAAGAGCAGAUAGAUCAGGAUUAUGGGGUACUGCAUAAAAGUCUUCAAAACCUGUCAGGCUGAUCAAAGACCAAAAACGAAGAAAAAGAGGGCUCUUCUGAAUUAAAAAGUAGUGAAGAGACUUAGCGGGUACUGUAUGCUUUUCCGUUGAAUCGAGGACAGGAGCGGCACAGGGGUUAUUUCGAACAUUAUAAAAUCUGAAUACAGAUUGUGUAUUACCUAAAAGUGCUUGCAUCAAUAUGAAAUUUCUUGGGCACAAAACGUCAUUUAGGCUACAGAGAAGGUUCUUAGGCGAUACAUGCACAAGUAUUUAUUAAAGAUAGCCGCAGCUCACUUGUCUAGGAAGCAAAACUGUAACAGCCUCGCCCUUCCGGCGCCAGAGUCACGACGCAGUGUAUUUCCACUCCGGAGACUUAUUUGGCGCGCUGGAGAGUCAGAUUAGGCCCGCGAGGCGGAAAUGCGCCACCGCUAGUUCCGGCGACUGCGUCGACUACCAGAGCGACGGGAUGGAGGAGGUGCCGCACGACUGUCCCGGGGCCGACAGCGCCCAGGCGGGCCGAGGGACCUCGUGUCAGGGAUGCCCCAACCAGCGGCUGUGUGCUUCUGGAGCCGGCGCCGCUCCGGACCCGGCCAUAGAGGAAAUCAAAGAGAAAAUGAAGACCGUGAAACACAAAAUCUUGGUGUUGUCUGGGAAAGGCGGCGUUGGGAAGAGCACUUUCAGUGCCCACCUCGCCCACGGCCUAGCAGAGGAUGAAAACACACAGGUUGCCCUGCUGGACAUCGAUAUAUGUGGGCCCUCUAUUCCCAAGAUCAUGGGAUUGGAAGGAGAACAGGUUCACCAGAGUGCCUCAGGCUGGUCUCCAGUGUAUGUGGAAGAUAACUUGGGGGUGAUGUCCGUGGGCUUCCUGCUCAGCAGCCCUGACGAUGCUGUGAUCUGGAGGGGACCAAAGAAAAACGGCAUGAUCAAGCAGUUCCUCCGUGAUGUGGACUGGGGGGAUGUGGACUACCUCCUUGUGGACACACCGCCCGGCACAUCCGAUGAGCACCUCUCAGUUGUCCAGUAUCUGGCCGCAGCACACAUCGAUGGGGCAGUGAUCGUCACCACCCCUCAGGAGAUAUCACUGCAGGAUGUCCGGAAGGAAAUCAGCUUUUGCCGUAAGGUGAAGCUGCCCAUCAUCGGGGUGGUGGAGAACAUGAGUGGCUUUGUCUGUCCCAGGUGUAAGAAGGAAUCUCAGAUCUUCCCCCCAACAAGUGGGGGUGCAGAGGCCAUGUGCCAGAACCUGAAGAUCCCUCUCCUUGGCAGAGUACCUCUGGAUCCACACAUAGGUAAGAGCUGUGACAGAGGCCAGUCUUUCUUCGUUGAAGCCCCAGAUUCACCAGCCACGUUAGCCUACAGAAGUAUAAUUCAAAGAAUCCAAGAGUUUUGUGGUCCGCAUCAGACAGAAGAGAACCUCAUCAGUUCCUAAGCAUGUCAAAGCUCAAGCAGUUCCCAGGUCGUGGAACCUGCCAGCAGCACAUCCAAGUAUGCUUGAGUAGCUUGGGGACAGCUGGGGGUUUGCAGGCCAAAGGGACCCGAUGCUGACUUGCUUGGAAGUGACUUUCUCAGAGACACUUUACCGUCUGCUUUCUGUCCACUUUCUAUAGAGGAUCGCUGUGGGGUCUUCUAUACACACAUGCUAUUUAAAAUAAAAGCAGCUCCUCAAACCUAUCCCACAAGGUUUCUUCCCAGAUGCCAAGGGCCUGGUGACCAGGGAUGUUGUGCUGCUGGAAGCAUCCUGAUCACAGGACAGGCCACUCUGCCCAGAAAGCAAGCCUAGGAAGAAACCAGAGGGCUGGCAGCAGACUCCUUUGCAGACCAUGGUCCUGCUUUUCAGCAGCGGUGUCCAGAUUGUCACUUGUCAGGAGAGGGGGAAAGUCAAGAGAGCAGCAGAGCCUCACCCUGUGGUCCACUCGGGGCUCAGUGCACGCAGUGCAGCUGGGAACCAUCAAAACUCCCUUGAAAAGCCCAUAAGCAUCCAUUCAAGAGGAUCUGUGGUCUGUGUGUACACGAUGUUUGGUAAUAUGUGUACAGUAUAUCCAGUAAUUUCCAAGGUCACAUGUCUUCAACAGGAACUGAGACUGCAGAGGGAAGAAUAAAUUCCUGUUUUCCGCACCAGUCUGGGGCCUAGAGUGGAAGGGUGGGCAAAUCCCUUGUUCUUCCCCUUCCUUCCCUCCCCUUUCUGCCUACGCAUGUGGCUGGAUUCGCAUGUGUUCUACAUGAAGAAGGUAGGACCUCUUGAAAGGGUGACAAGGCCACAGAGCCUGAGUACAGUCUGGCUUUGACCUGACUGUGAACUUAGCCACUUAGGAAAUGGGAGCCACCUAGACCUUGGGCAUAGUGGGAUGGGGCCUGCACUUCCUACAAGCUCCACAGCACCUGCCUCUGUCCACCCCCACUCCCUUGCAGAUGAGUCUCCAUGUCCUUGAGACCAGGCUUCUGGAAGGCACCUGGAGGAAGGCGCCUCAGAGCCGGCUGCCAUGGCUGUCUGCCCUGUGAGCAGGCUGGUUGGGAAACUGGCAGCACUGCUGGCUUCUUAUCAUGGUGCCCAGCAGCCUUGUUCAAAUUUAAACCAUGUUCAUUCAAACCAUGUCAGGAUGAGUUCGGUCAAAUUUUAAAAACUCAACUCUUUUUCACUUCUGGGGUAUCUGUUAUUAUUAUUAUUUUUUUUUUUUAGAAAAAAAAAGGGGUGGGAUAUUCCUUCCUUAAUUCUAAAGGACUUUGAAGAAAAUCAUACAAUCACAAAAGAAAAGCCAGGUUUUCAGGUCCUGCUUUCCAAGAUGAUGAAAAAAGAAGGAACAGCAGUCAUGCCAAAAAGGG